CAAUCCUUGUUCACCCAACUUCUUUAAGGCGCAUGCGUAUAACGUUUUCCACUGUCAGAAUGGUCGAUCGGAAUUCGUUGAAAAAGGAGAAACAAUCUAGACUAAAGAUCAUGCAGACGUGGCCAGUUAAAGUAGCAAUGGACGGAGAAAAUUAUUUCACAAAACCUCUUCGCCUUGCAGAUUUGAAAACUUUGCUUUCAUAUAAAGUUGAGGAUAUAUUGGCAUCUAGUCUAUGGACAGAAGAUAAAUUAAGAACUACUUUAAGGAAAUCGGAACAAGAUUUAGAAGAAUGUAAAAUUUUCUUACAAAUCGUGGUAAAGGUACUAGAAAAUAAAAGAUGUGCUGAGAAUCCUAAAGUUCUUAGUCUUAUACCUGUCUUGGGUUCCUCAAACUUUGCAAAAAAUCUUCAAUCCAUAAUAAGACAGGUAUCAACAAAAAAGAAUUUACCCGAGCUAGAAAACGUCGUAUGCUUUUUAAGUCAUUUAUGUAAAAGAUCCCCUACCACAGCACACGAAUUUACCCAGUUGACCCUAGAAACCGAGGACAAAAUUAAUGUUUUGACAGCUGAAAGGAAUUUGGAUGAAGAACACCUACUAGACCUAAGUGAUGAAAUCAAAGCUCUCUUGGAUAUAAUAACUGAACAUUCUGUUAGACCCGAAAAACAAAGUGAAUGUCAGAAAAAAGACACGCGUAAACCACCGAAUAAUUUUCGAGAAAUCUCUAUACUUCCAACUCUUGAUGACAUACAUAAGGUUCCUUUCUUUAGGCCUAAUCUUCGCGAUGUACCUUUUGACAACUUGGAUGAAUAUCUUGAUAUACAGUUUCGAUUGCUUCGAGAAGAUUGUAUAGCUCAAUUACGAAGUGGAAUAAUUGAGUAUUUAUGUACAAAGCGACGUGAAAAGAAAGAAAUUAGAAAAUUACAAGAUGCUAGACUUUAUAGAAAUGUUACAAUUGAAGAUGAAAAAGAAAUGACCUUAGAUGGUCCAAUGUAUACAAUCAAGUUAGACAUGAAUCAGGUGUCAAGAAUAAGAUGGGAAAGGAGCAACAGAUUAAUGUACGGUUCCUUGCUUUGUAUUUCGCCAAAUGAUUUUCAAAGUUUAUAUUUUGGCAUAGUAGCUGAAACCGACAACGAAGCCAUAAAGAAGAAAGGUAUGAUCAAAGUUCUUAUUAAAAGACAAAAGGGUACCCAAGCGUUAUCGAAGGGCCUUAUUGUAACAGUGGUAGAAAGUGUCGCUUACUUUGAAGCAUAUCGACAUGUUUUGCAUUGUUUACAAACUAUUAAAGAGGGAGAAAUGCCUUUUGAAAGAUAUAUAGUACACUGUCAACAAGACAUUAAGAAACCAAAAUACCUUAUUGGCAUAGAUGAUGUUAAAUACGAUUUACAUCCAAUUGUUUCACAAUCUCUAAUAUUUCAAGCAAAGGAAAAAAACAUGCUAGAAAAGUAUCGUCCUUAUCAACGACGAACUUUACCUUUUCGAAAUCAAGAAAAAAAGUUAGAGAUACCAAUUUUAUACAAAAAUAAAUGGCCUAGGGCAACUGAUCUACAUCUUGACAAUUCCCAGUAUGAAGCCUUUAAGUCUGCUCUGACAAAAGAGUUUGUGCUUAUACAAGGGCCUCCUGGAACAGGCAAAACUCAUCUUGGUCUCAGAAUUGCGAAAACUUUGCUGCAUAACUCCUUGUUCUGGAGACGGAAGGAUGAUCCUGACAUCGAUGACGAGGAAGCCAAAGUUAAGAAGCAAAAGGAAAAGAUACAUCCGAUGUUGAUCGUAUGCUAUACAAACCAUGCCCUCGAUCAAUUUUUAGAGGGGAUGAUUGAUUUUAUGGAUCCGGCGAAUCGGGGGGAGUGGAGUUAAAAUAUCGUUCGUGUCGGGGGAAGAUGUAACAGUGAAAAAAUUGAGGAUUUCAAACUGAAGAAUAAAAGAAGAUCGUUUAGAAAGGUAUUUGUUAAUCACGGAAAAUUUGAGAAUAAGCUUCAGAAAAUACGGUCUGAAAUAUGCAGUCUUAAAUGGAAUAUAUUUUCCGCUCAAGAGAAUAUCUUAGAUGAAACAAUACUGAGUACUGUGAAAGAAGUUGGUACAAUCAUUAAGCAAACAAAUAAAGAAGGAAAUGCAUUUGAGAUGAUGGAUUGGUUAAAUGUAAAUGAAAGCUAUUUUACAGAAGCUGCAUUUGAAAAGUAUGAGAACAAAGAUAAAGAUGAUGUGGUUGAUUUAAAGGAAACAGCAGAUACCGAGGAACUUAUUGAUGUGGAAACAGAGGGUGAUUACAUGAUAAACGACAGAAUGAUUGAAGAGGAUGAUUUUGAUGUGGAUUACAAUUUUGAGGCCAUAGGGGUGAGCAUAGAGUCAGUUUUGCUUAAGUCAAAAUCAAAGCAAAAUCUAUCUGAAGAUUUUAUUAAAUAUCUUGACAAUGAAGCCUCAGUUGUAAAUGACUACUUCCAGAAAAGCAAGCCGAUGCCAGUAGACGAAAUGAGAAACAAAAUUGAUGAUGUAUGGAGUUUGCCUAUUCAAGAUAGGUGGAGAAUGUAUAAAUAUUUUGUAGAGAAAUAUUGUGACAUCCAGGCCAAAAAAAUAAGCGAACAGUCGGCAGAAUAUGACAAAAUAUACAAAGACUAUUUGAUUGAAAAAAAUUACGUUGACAGAGAAAUUCUUUGCAGUUCGCUUGUUAUAGCUAUGACAACUACCGGUGCCGCUCGGUAUCAAACCGUUCUGAAUGAAAUUGGACCGAAAAUUAUCAUUGUGGAGGAAGCUGCCGAAGUUUUAGAGGGACAUAUCAUUUCUACAUUGAGUACUCAAUGUGAACACUUGAUAUUAAUUGGAGAUCACAAGCAAUUAGAACCAAAACCAUCAGUCUACGAACUUGCUGAACGAUACAAUUUAGCUUUAUCCAUGUUUGAAAGAAUGAUUGAGAAUAAACUAGAGUUCAGUUGUCUAAUGCGGCAACACAGAAUGAGACCGGAAAUAUCUAAACUUGUACAGGAUAUUUAUCCUGGACUAGAGGAUGAUGACACCGUUUUCAAUCGUGAACAUAUUCUUGGCAUCGAGAAGGAUGUCUAUUUUAUUUCUCAUACCAACAACGAAUAUCAGAAAGGUGAGUCACAGAGUUACUCCAAUGAAUUUGAGGCAAUGUACCUUAAAAGAUUGACAAGAUAUCUUUUACAACAAGGGUAUAAAAGACAAGACAUUACUAUCCUGACUCCAUACUCUGGUCAAAUGUUUUGCAUAAGAGAUAUAAUGCCUAAAAGUGAGUUUGCAGGGAUAAGAAUUUCAAUAUUGGAUAAUUACCAGGGGGAGGAAAACGACAUCAUUUUACUGUCACUGGUGAGAAGCAACAAAGAGGGCAGAAUCGGGUUCCUGAAGAAAGAAAAUAGAAUCUGUGUCGCAUUAUCCAGAGCUAGGAUCGGAUUAUAUGUGAUUGGUAAUUUCAAAAUGAUUGAAAAAUUUACCCGCAAAACAAAUCUGCUUCGGUCUGCAAUCGACAAAAUGAAGGAAUCGAAUUCUAUUGGAGAGGGUUUACCUCUUUUUUGCCAAAAUCAUCCAGGGACUAAGAAAAUAUUUGCUAAAAAUCCGGACGAUUUUGAUAAAGCCCCGGAGGGAGGCUGUAUCUUACCUUGCAAUUUUGAGUUAAAUUGCGGUCACACCUGUACACAUCUUUGCCAUCCUUAUGACAAAGAGCAUUUAGACAUCACAUGUCAAGACCGCUGCGAAAAGUUUUGUGAAAGAGGUCAUAUAUGUCAGAAGAGUUGCCAUUUUCCAAAACCUUGCAAAUGCAGAGUUAAAGUGGAAAAAGAAUUACAAUGUGGCCAUACAGUAGACUUGCCCUGUUUUCAGGAACCAGAAACAUAUAAAUGUCGUGUAACUGUCAACAAAAUAUUGAAUUGUGGCCACAACGCAGAUAUGCCUUGCUGGACACCAAUAGAAACGUUUGAAUGCCAAAAGAAGGUAACAAGGACAUUGCCUUGUACACAUUCAAUUGAACUUUUAUGCUGUAUUAAUUACGAAUUAUAUAAGUGCCAGGAAAAUGUGAGUAGAAUUCUUCCAAAAUGCGAGCAUGAGGUAGAAAUGAAAUGUUUUGAAAAUGUUAAAACAUUUAAAUGUCCAACAAAGGUAGUGGAAAAAAGAAAGGAUUGUAAGCAUGAUUUCACCCGUGCUUGCCAUAUUUCAAGCUUGCUGUUCCAAGUACGCAACAAAUGUACCGAAAUGGUUUGCAAGACUUUUCCGUUAUGUGGGCAUUCAAUUGAAGUAAAUUGCCAUAUUUCUCUACAAGAAUUGGAUUGUAAAAGUAAAGUGUUUACCGACUUUAAAUGUCAUCAUAGCAAUAUACAAGUUGAUUGUUGCAACAAGGACAAAACAAAGUGUACUUCAGUCUGUGGUUUACUUUGUCCCAUGGGUCAUGAGUGUUUAAGAAAAUGUCAUUUUAAUGAAAAAUGCCUUUGUGAAAAGGUAGUGGAAAAAGAGCAUCCAUUGUGCGGCCAUUUCUUGACAUUGAAAUGUUCCGAAAAUGUUGCAGAAAAGAAGUGUUUGUUCAACGUUGUUAAGUCUCUUAAAUGUGGUCAUACAAAAGAGACCUCAUGCUUCAUUAAAAUAUCUCAAAUUAAUUGUAAGGCAAAAGUGAGAAAAAUACUAAAUUGCGGCCAUGAAAAGGAAAUAAAUUGUUAUCAGGACAUCAACAGCGAUGACGUUAAAUGUCAAACGUAUGUUGAAAAAACCCUAUCUUGUGGUCACAUGCAGAUAAUGAAAUGCUGUUAUAACCCAUCAGAGAUCAAAUGUACUGAGAGAACCAAAAAACAGUUACCUUGCAGCCAUGAACAAGAGACAGAGUGUUGGAGAAAUAUAUCAACAGUUCAAUGCAAAAGAUUAGUUACCAAAACAUUACGAUGUGGACAUACUACGGAGGCAAUAUGUCACACAAAUCCUGAGAAUAUUAGAUGUGAAGAAAAUGUCAUGAAACCUUUGCCAGGCUGUGGUCAUUUGAUGUCAAUAAAAUGUUGGGAGUCUUCACACAAAAAGAAAUGCAAAGAAUUAAUGGAAAUAACACAACCUAACUGUAAUCAUAUUAAUAGAAUUCCGUGUCAUUUAAACCAAGAACUUCAAGCAAAUCCAAAUUUGGAAUUUCCACCAUGCACAGCUAAUGUAACAAGGACAGAAUUCUGUGGACAUGAUGUUACCAAUCCCUGCAUUCAGCCUUAUAAAAAUGUUUGCAGAGAAAAAUGCACAUAUAAACUAGCCUGUGGACACAUUUGUACAGGUGAUUGUGCAAAAUGCAAUGGAGGACUACUUCACCAGGCCUGUAAUAAAAUGUGCAAAAAUCGCCUCGUUUGUGGGCACGACUGUGAAAGCAGGCGAUGUGGAGAUUGUAAUACAUGCGAGAAACAAUGCAUGGCUAGAUGCUCUCACAAAAUUUGUAAAAAUAGAUGUAGUCAACCAUGUAUUCAAUGCUCUGAACCAUGCGAAUGGCAAUGUCCUCAUUUUGCUUGUAAAUUGCUUUGUCAUGAACCAUGUAAUAGACCAAGGUGUAACAAACAAUGUACGGAAGUAUUUCAAUGUGGACAUAAAUGUGCUGCUUUUUGUGGAGAGCCAUGCCUCAAAAGUUGUCUGGAGUGUAAUCCACAUCUAGAAGCAAAGCUGAAUAAAAAGAUAGGACUGGUUCAGCUGCAAUCAUGUGGACACAUAUUUACUGCAAAUGAACUGGAUGCCGUGUUCGAUUCGGAAAAGAAUGAUAUACUAACUGUUCUACGGUGUCCUUUAUGUAAAAAGGCAGUAAUAUACCACCCACGUUACAAUGGAAUACUUAAAAAACAAGCACAACUAGUGAACAUGAUGAAGUCUCAAUUAAGACAAACGAUACAGCUUGGAGGUGCCACUUCUUAUCCGUUUCUCUUUGGGGACAGAAAGGAAUGUGUGAAAUAUCUAACAGAGUUUGGCACUUUUAUCUCAGUAUUUGAAAGAAAAUGUGAGAAGUCAGAGGCGGACAUUUUUAAGCGUUCCCAAUACUUCAUAGACGUUUUACUUAAUUUAAUAAACUCAGAUUCACUGUUGAACUAUCAGAAUGCCAUCGACGUGUAUAGGGGUAUGACUUUCGUUAGUUUCAUCUGGAAGUUGUUGGUGAUUAAACUCGCUAAAAAUAAGGAUGAUAUCCUUUAUGAAAAUAGAAGCACUGGAAAUGAAAUCAGUGACAAACACUCCCUUGUCACAGCUGAAAAAGUCGAAGAAACUAUUGCUUCAUUGGUUCACCUCGUAGAAUUUCCUGCAAAAUUUUCGACUGUACAGCAGAGAAAAAUUGAAAAGGCAAUAGAUCUAAUAAAACCUGUGUUAACUCAACAAGUUGCAUCAAGAAUUGGAAAAACGGAAGGAUUUCCAAAAGCAAUGGGAAUGAUAGAUUGUCACAUUAAUACGUGGACACUUUGCAAAAAUGGCCAUCCAUUUUGUCAAUAUGAUGACUACCAGUCAUGUUUAACUUGCCAGGAUGUAAAGAUUAUGUUCCAAUAUCCAUUUUGCCUACCAUCAACCUCCUUAAGUAAAUAUGAAAACCAAGGAGCUCGGCCAAAACAGGGUCGUUUGAAUGGGAACACAACAUCUUCAAGUGCAUUGAAUCCAAAAAAUGAGAGUCAUGUAAAACCUCAAAAGGACAGGAAUGGAAAAUCUCAAAUUGCAGAAAGAUAUGGUGCAUUAGAAUUGAAACCAUUGUUAGAGGCAAGAAAUGAAUCAAUAGGAAAUCGUGGUAAAAGAAGAAAUAAACGUGACAAAUCAUCUAAAUUCCAUCUUCCUGAAGACUCGAAACAAGCAGAACCAAAUGUGGACUUAGAGUCCAUGAUAAGAGACUUAACACAGACUGAAGAUAAUAUUAAAGGGGAAGUUCUUUACAAACACAAUCCACGACGGGGUAAGAAAAGGGGGAGUCAUAAUACGUCUGUUUACCAACAUCCCUCACAUCAAGACAGCAAUUAUAUGGUAGAUUCCGCACUUGGAAAUCAUUUUACAAAUGAUUUUGAAAUUCCAAAUCAAAACUUUUCAAGACAACGAGGCCGAAAUCGCGGUGGAUGGCGAGGAGGCAGGGGAAGGGGUCAGCGUGGUAGAGGAAGGAAAACUCGACCAAACUGACAAAGAUUUAAACGUAUGUUUGAAUGUGUACACGUUUAAUGCUGUGAAUAAUGUAUCAGCCAGUAUUUUGACUUUUAUUUUUUACACUAAGUACAUUAACACUAAGUAUAUUGUCUAUUUUUUAUUAUACAUGUAUAUGGAAGAAUGUAUUAUAUUUCUUAGCUACCAGAGCAUAAAUGUAAGGAGUUUGAAAAGUAUUGAACAAUUGUGAGUAAUUUUAAUCAGAGAAAGACACUCACUAAAUUUUAAAUAAUUGCACACAUUUUAAGAAUUGAAACAGGCAAGUACUGUGGUUUUCCUAGAAUUGCGAGAAAUUGUAUGAACUGUUCACUUAAGAGUUUAAAGAUGAAAUACAUUUUCUUUUUAAUUGUCCAAGGAAUGCUUCCAAAAGAAAAAUUACGUUUUGGUUAUACAGAAAAACUUAAAGUGACGCUUAAAAGAGACGCUUAUUCAAUGAUUUAACACCGUCAAAUAAAUUUUUUGGCGUUUAAACUGUGAAGACUUUAAUAGUAUCUGCAUACUUUGUCUGAUGCUAUGCUCAUCGUGUAUAUGUGUAUCUUUUCUAUGAUAUGUAUCACAAUGCCAUCCAAUAGGAUUUAUACAUUAUAUAUGAGUAUAUAUGUAUUAAUUGCAGUAAGCAAUAGUGGAUUUGAUAUGUCCUGUAACACCGUCUAUCGUUGCUCUGUGCUUUUAAUCCAUUAACUUGUGUUUCUUGUAUAUUUUUUUUUCUUUUAAGUAUGAUUUUUUCAUCAUUAUGUUAUACUUCAACUUGUAUAUGUUAUAUUG